AUGUCCCAGAAGCUUCUGCUGAGUGUUUCCAUAAUUCUCCUCAUGGACAUAGGAGAAAGAGUGGUGACAAUUCGCUUUAUUAAAAUUUGUAAUCUAUGUUCUCACCAUGAUGGGUUCGAAUGCCGCACUGGCAUGAGAUCAUGCUGGAAGUUUGACAUAUUGCCAGAAAACAGGACUUGUACCACAGAAAACUAUUAUUAUACUGACCGUUACACAGGGUUAAACCUUUUUCGUUAUGCAAAACUUUCAUGUAGACCCUGUGCACCUGGAAUGUAUCAAAUGUUCCAUGACCUCAUGAGAGAAACAUUUUGCUGUACAGACAAGAACUACUGUAAUGAUGGCACUGCUAACUCAGAUAUCUCAUCAUUACUUAUACAGGAUAAGAGGGAACAGAAAGAGUUGAAUGACGACUAA